AGUUUGCCUAGUGGCCAUUUUGUUUUCAAUCGCACGGCUGACUAAGCAUCAAUAUGGUUAAAUAUACAGAACUUGGAAAUGCGACAUCAAUAACUCCCUCCAUCGAAUUGAAACCAAACACAGCACCAUAUGAUCCAAGAUUUCCAAAUCAAAACCAGACAAGAUAUUGUUAUACUAGUUUUUUGGAUUUUCAUCGUUGCAAAAAACGACAUAGUGAAGAUUAUGAAGCAUGUCAAUAUUUCAAAAAAGUAUAUAAUGCAAUGUGCCCAAAUGCUUGGAUAGAAAAAUGGAAUGAACAGAUUGAAAACGGAGUGUUUCCAGGAAAUAUAUAAUACAAGAGGCAUCAAAUUAUAACUGCCUCUAUAGUGAUAUUGUUUACAUAAUAACAGGAUUUUACAAUUUUAAAGUAUCAAAUAAUUCCUGUUUGUAAAAUAAUAUUUAAUAAAUUGAUCAUAGUUUAAUUCUUAUUUAGUUUUAUUAAUUAAUAUUUUUUUUAUUUUACUGCAAUUGUUAAAUACAAAUAGAAAUUUAAAUAUUAUAUUUUAUUAUUAAAUUUUGUAAAAAUGUAAAUUAAUAUUUCUAAUCCCUAUCCUCAACAUAGAAAAUAAAUAUAUAAUGUGAAGAUCUAUAUAAUUUUAGAAACCAUAAAUUUUAGAAUAAUGAAAUAGGAACUUUUAUUACGGUACAUUAUCCUUUAACGGUAUAUUUUGUUUACGGUGAUUAGAAGAAUAAAAAUUUUAAAAUUUCAAUAGAUGUAAUGUCUUUCUUCUUUUUCUAUUUCACCUUUUAAAUAAAAGAUGAUAAAAUUAGAUAUAAUUUUUUCGUAUACAAGGCACGUUUAUGAAGUAGGAAAAAACAAAUGAAAUGUAAAUGUGUAUAUAAAAAUAUUAUUAACAUUAUUAUUUUUAAAAUUUUAAUAUUGUUAAAAAUAUUAUAAAAUUUGUAUAUAAAGCAAUUUUUUUUCAAGAGAUUUUAAAAGUAGUAGUCAUGAUUCAUGGUAUCAUUAUUUGAUGUUAUAUGUAAUAUUGCAAUUAUAUGAAUUGGAUCACGACUAUGCUUUUAAAACCUCUAAUAAGAGAAUGAUUCUGUAAAAAAAGAUUCAUAUAUAAUAUAGAUAAAAUAUAAAAUUUGUCGUUAACUAACACAUUAAUUAAAUUUCGUAUAUAUAUAUUUUAUUAUUUAUAAAAAAAAGAUAUAAAUAUCAUACUUUAGAAAAUACUUUUAUAUUUCUACUAAUAUUUUAUUAAUUUCUACUAAUAAAUAUGUGAAUAAAAUAUAUCGAUCACGAAAGAAUCUACAUGAAUUUUAAAAUAAAUAUUAAUGAAAUUGC